AUGGCGAACCCCCAGGACUACACAGUUGGCUGGAUCUGCGCCCUCACUAUCGAGUCUGUCGCUGCCCAGGCUUUCCUCGACGAAGAACACGAGGGCCCUCGAGAAGUGGCCCAGAACGAUAAUAACAAUUAUGCCUUGGGCAGGAUCGGAAGUCAUAAUAUUGUGAUUGCCGUCUUGCCCGACGGGGAGUACGGUACGGCCGUUGCCGCGGCCGUAGCAAGAGACAUGCUUGGCAGCUUCCCGAAUAUCCGCAUCGGACUCCUAGUCGGUAUUGGUGGUGGUGCGCCAAGUCCACAUCAUGACAUACGUCUCGGCGACAUUGUGGUCAGCAGCCGUGAUGGCGGGAAAGGCGGGGUGUUCCAAUAUGAUUUUGGCAAGACAAUCCAGAAUCAGUCUUUCCAAGAAACACAAGUCUUAGACCAACCGCCGAUGGUGCUGCGGACAGCAGUCAGUGCCCUUAAGGGUAGGUACGAAUUGAAGGGCCACCGGCUUAAUGAGGACGUGGACAUGGCAUUGAAGAAGAUUAAAAAGCGAAAGAAGUACUCCCGCCCACCUGCCAAUAGCGACAGACUGUACCGAGCUGCCAUCACACAUCCUCCAAACUCGUCCGAAGGCUGUAGUGUGGUGUGCGGCGACGAUCCAUUCCAUCUACUGGCCCGGGCCGAACGGGAUGAAGAAGACGAAAACCCAGCCAUCCACUACGGACUAAUAGCUAGUGCCAAUCAACUGAUGAAGGAUGCGCUUGUGCGGGACAAGUUGGCGGCGGAAAUGGGCGUCCUCUGCUUCGAGAUGGAGGCGGCAGGCCUGAUGAACCACUUCCCAUGUCUGGUUAUACGCGGUAUAUGCGACUACUCUGAUUCUCAUAAGAACAAGGAGUGGCAGGGCUUCGCGGCCAUGGUGGCAGCUGCUUAUGCGAAAGAUCUUCUGCGCCAGACCCCGCCUAAUAGGGUUGAGGCUGAGAAGAAGUUAGGCGAUAUUCUAUCCGGCCUUCAAGAAACUGCAGAAGAGCACCGGGACAUUGCAAAGGAGCAGCUCCAAGUCCAGAAAGACCUAGCCAAGGAGAGGCUGUCUAAAGAAGAAGAGAGGUGUCACCAAUUGUUCCGCCUCACAACCAGCGGCAAGGACGCCACGUAUGAGUGGUAUAAAGACCGAGUGGAAGAAAGGGUUGAGGGCACGUGCCUAUGGUUCCUCAAGCACGAACACUUCCAGAGGUGGUUGAAACAGGACUCUGGUCCCCUGCUAGUCACGGCGGAUCCUGGCUGCGGAAAGUCGGUACUGGCCAAGUACCUGAUCGACCACGGCCUGCCACGAUCGACAACUAUCUGCUACUUCUUCUUCAAAGACCAAGAUCAGAACACUGUCCGGCAAGCGCUUUGCGCACUGCUUCAUCAACUCUUCUCUCAAAAGUCAUGUUUGAUUGAACAUGCUAUGCCACAAUUCCGUAAGGAUGGGCAAGGUUUGAUUAACUCUACAGACUCGCUCUGGAAGGUUCUACGAAACACUAUAAAAGAUCCCCAGGCAGGACCUGUAAUCAUGGUCCUUGAUGCCCUGGACGAAUGUGCUGAGUCGGAAUUUACGGACCUCAUGCGGAAUGUGGAGAGCCAAUUCCGCAGCGACCAGUUGGGCUAUGGCAAGUUGAAGUAUCUUCUAACAUGCCGCCCGUAUGACCAGAUUGUGUCCAAAUUCCGCGUCCUAUUGGACGCUUUUCCAAAUAUCCAUAUACCAGGAGAGGAAGAGUCAGAAACGAUUAGCCAGGAGGUAAAUCACGUCAUUACGCGCCGGACCAAUCAGCUGGCGAUUGAGAAGCGCUUCUCAACCCAAAUCAAGAGCCACCUAGAGAAAAGACUACAGGAGACUACCCACCGCACAUAUCUCUGGGUAUACCUUGUGUUCGACUACUUGGAGAAAGACGACUUUAAAAAGACACUAAAGGGGGUCGAGUCCGCUGUUGCAACACUUCCGAGGAGUAUCAACGAGGCGUAUGAGCAAAUUCUUAAUAAGACUAAGGAUGAUCCGAUGGUUCGGAAAGUCUUGAGUAUUAUCUUGGCAGCGAGCCGGCCAUUAACCCUCUCAGAAAUGAACGUUGCCGUGAAUAUUGACUACAAAUCGCAGUCUAUUCACGACCUCGACUUGGAGGAUGACGAGGACUUCAAGAUGCGUCUCAGAUCUUGGUGUGGAUUGUUCGUCUCAAUCCAUCAAGGCAAUAUUUAUUUCAUUCACCAAACAGCUCGCGAGUUUCUCCUCGUAGAUUUGGCAUCGCCCACAACUGUUUCGUCAGAGCUGCACUGGCAUCACUCCAUCACUAUCCAAGAGGCACACACCGUUCUUGCGGAGCUCUGCGUGCUCUAUUUGAACUUCUUUAACUCUAACGUUAGUCUACCGACAGAUUUGAAUGGAAAAGCCGGUCACUCUUUCGAUAGAUAUACCUUUUUAGAAUACUCGGCCCAAACUUGGGGCACUCACUUCCGCGAGGCUUGUGUCAUCAAUGGCGCCGCCAUUAUACCUCUCGCCCUGAGAAUUUGUAAUCCUGAUUCGAAUAGCUACUCGGCAUGGUUUGGAAUUUAUUGGAAAACUACAGGUAUGAUGACUACCAAGUAUUUUACGGAUCUCAUGAUAGCGUCAUAUUAUGGCCUUCAUGCGGCUGUCAAGCUACUUCUAGACAAGGAUGCGAAGAUCGAGGCGAAAGACAGCGAGCAUGGUCAGACGCCACUGUCGUGGGCCGCCAGGGAGGGGCACGAGGCGGUCGUCAAGCUGCUGCUCGAGGAGGGCGCCGACAUCGAGGCCAAGGACGACUUUGGUUCGACGCCGCUAUCGUGCGCCGCUAAGAACGGGCGGGACGCCGUCGUCAAGCUGCUGCUCGAGAAAGGCGCCAACAUCGAGGCCAAGGACAACCGUGGUCGGACGCCGCUACAGGCGGCUACCGAAUAUGGG